AUGUCCCACACGAAAUUCGUACGAUCUACGGGAUCAAAUCGCUUAGCUCUUGCCGCAUCCUUCACCGGACUCACGAUUAAUGUCACUCUCGCGCAACUUAUGCCGCCCUUCUACGCCCUUGCCGGCGUGAAUGCCUGGCAGUCGAGCGUGUGGCUCGUCAACCGUCACUGUGCCAAGAAAGAAAUCAAACGCCGCGUCAAUGAGGAUCCUCAAGUUAAGGACCUUUUCAAAGGUCGCCGUCGCAGAGCCAUCGUUACUGGUGUCUGUCUCAAGGUGUUGACGGCCGGGUUGGGUCUGGGUCUCGACGAUCUCGGGUCCUUGGCUGACGCAUAUCCGUUUAGUAAGGCCAAUGCAUACGUUACUUAUGCAUUUCCAAUUUUCUUUGCCUAUUUGUCUCAUAUUCCCAACUAUUCUUUUCCUGCUUUGAUUUAUGAACACCAUAUUGUCUAUAACUGA